CUAGCGUACCUCAAAAUCACGUGACUGGUAUAUUUGAAGCACGCCUUGAAGCGGUGCUUUGAAAACCAGCAUUGGGGAAGCUCGGCACAGUGUCGAAACGUUAGUAUUGAACAGCCUAUCACUAGAAGAGCGCUGUAUGAAUUAAACGCAGAAACAACCAUGCAGGAGAGCCGCGAAGAAAAAUUAAAUUAUAUCAUGGGAAAAAUUAGGCCCUUUAAUGAUUUCCCAUCCAAGGGCGUCCUAUUCAGAGACAUUUGCCCAUUAAUGAAAGACCAUAAAGCUCUGUGUGCUACAAUUGAUUUGUUUGAAGAAUAUGUGAAGCAGACCUUUCCAAUGGUUGAUUCCAUUGUGGGGUUGGAUGCACGAGGUUUCCUCUUUGGCCCUCUCUUGGCACAGCGAUUGGGUGUGGGAUUUGUUUUGGUUCGUAAGAAAGGUAAACUCCCAGGUCCCACUGAGUCUGUUUCAUACACACUGGAAUAUGGCCAGGCUGAGGUGGAGGUCCAGGUAGAUGCAGUUGAAAAAGGACAGAGAGUUCUCCUUAUAGAUGACCUUAUUGCCACUGGAGGUUCACUUCAUGCCGCCUCUGAGCUGAUGAAGAAAUGUGGGGCUGAGGUACUUGGGUGCCUUGUUCUCAUUGAACUGAAGGACUUAAAGGGAGUGGAGAGACAAGGAUCCACUCCAGUGUUCUCUCUUUUUCAAUAUUAAAAUCAGGAUUGUAUUUCUGUUCCCAACAAUCUGCAUGUCUCACAAAAAUCGUUUACAGCCAUUCUUCCAAUGCUUGACCUAAAGGACCCCCUGUUUUGAAUUUUCUGAAUUUUGUUUGAUAAUGGGAAUGUUUGUUGAAAGGUUAAUUAAGACUGAAAAUCAUUUUAACUGUGAACACAUAUGCACUCAAAAUACCGCAAGUCUUUACCUAAGCCUAUGCUAUUUGAAAGGGCCCACAUGAACGAGGAGUGUGUAAACUCCCCAGAAAACACUCCCUGAUCUUGAACCUGUCAGCAGCAUGACAUAAUGGAAGAGAGUAUGCUAUUACAUUUUCAUCUUUAGAUAAAACCAGCCCUAAUAAAGUAGUUUGUGGAGGUACUGUUAUUUUUGUCAUGGUAUGGUCCAAGGUGUCCGUUUUCCCCAUUAUACACUUUACUAAGAAACACGUGACCCUCAUGUCCAGUACUGCUUUUCUUUCUGCCAAACGACCGUGUCUAGCACUACUCUUUUUCAUAUUACUUAUUUGUUACCACCUUUAUGCUAGAUAUUAUUCUCCAUUACAACUGUCUAGUAGUUUUUACAUAAAAUUAAACAUAUAAACAAUAUUUCAAGAGUUCUGACACUAGAUAUCUGUAUGGCAGUGUAUAUUCAAUGAUGAUUGGACACAUGAAAGGUAUUUCUUACAAAACAACACAAAUCUGCUAACGGCAUCAUCAGUAAUGUUUAUUUUUACUAACCUCAUGACGUGGUUUACUUGAAUAUACAAAUGCUGAGGAUAAGCUAUGCCUACCUAAACAGUGACAGGAUGAAUGCUACAAGAAAGUGUUCAUAAGUCAGCAUUUGCGUCAAGAUUUUUUAAUUUAAAACCUUAUCCAGUCUCUUUAAUUUUAGGACCAUUUUAUUUCUAAAUUUUUAAACAGUCCUUUUUGUGGAUUAUAUAAAUUAGCAUGUCAGUCGAUUGAGAAAAUGAAGGUAUAUGUGGUUGGUAGUGAUUAACUUUGCACUUCUGCAGCAAUUAUGGCUAAGGGCCACCUUUAAUACGACACAGAAUGGUUUCUUGCCAUGAUUGACUAUUUAUGACAAUGGCAUCUUUAAAGGAUGAGGUUAUGCUGUGUUAGGCAGCAGUUAGUUUGAAGUCACCAAAGCUAAUGUGUUUCUGAAACAACUGUAAAUUGUAUUUGUCAAGUCUAAAUGUUGACUUUUGUAUCCUUUUUAUAACUUAAAAGUACACUGUGUAAAAAACAUGAACCAUUGAUAUUUCGUAAAAGCCAAUGACUUAUCAAUAAUAAAUACCCUUGUUCUGUAACCAUA